GAAAAAAAUAAGCAGAGGACUGGGCAGGAGCUAGAUGAACGAUGGAUAAUUGGAGGAGACAAAAAGGAAAAAAGAAGAGAACACAAGUUAAGUAGCAGCAUGAUAAGCAUCUACGAUAAAAUGUGCAGAAAUGGGACUUGGACGCAAAGGCUCACUUGCUAAGACAAAUCACAUUUGGCUGUUUAGAUGAAUGAUAUUUGUUUAAAGAUGGAUGAAUGCAAGAAAGAUGAUAUAGUCUUGAGACAAAAGCUGAUGGCACAGCGAGCAUUUCGACAGACAGGGAGUGACCUGCUGUAAUGACUAUCAAGAAGCUGAGUGAUGAAUUCACAAAAUAUCUGCGGAAUGUUUUCUCCGUGAACCUAUUCGAGCCUAUGAAAACAAAGCAUUGUUAUUGCACUGUUAUGGUGUCCUGUUGUCCUGGAGCAGACUGAUGUUGGUGCUCUAAAUACAUAUCUAUUUAUUGGUAACGCAGAUCUUAUGUGAAGGCACGAUGCUAAAAGAUUCGCUUGACUGCCGACGACAAAGUGUGGUGAUGACUCACGGGAACAGCACUGAUGGAGGGGAGCCUAUGCAGAGUCAACAGAGCCAUUGCGAAGAGCAGGUGUCUCGCCACUCAGUGUACUGCUGGGCCGCUGCUGGCAAGCUCAGACAAGUUUUGCAGCUUCCUCGGGCCAAAAGUGCGCAGGGACAGGCACCCGUAUAAUCUUUCCUCUGACAAGACACAUGAGUAAAUACUGUACAUCAGCUGACCCUAAAUAAUAUAACCGGUUCUCUUUCAUUGUGUUCUGUGAUAUUGAAUAAAUGCAUCAACCGUAGGAGUACGGUAUUUUAUUCCAUUGGAUGGAUGGGUGUAGGAUUAUUGUUUUUUAUUGACCGUUUUGACAGUGUUGUCUUUUCAUUUUGCGUUAUAUAAAAACAAUAAAAAAUAUAGUGGAUAAAGAAGUGCCUGAGGCAACACUAGUCAUUCCCAUCUUUAGAUUGACAUCAAACAACAUGAAAUGGUGCAUAAUUAAUAAUACAAUUAGUUUUAUAUACUGUUUAUAGGGCGUUACUAUAAAAAAAACACUACACAUUGGUUUCAUAAUGUUUAUGGGUGCUUGCACAAAAAAAGCACCAAGAGACUACCAAAAAAAACAAAAAAAACGAUGAAGUCACAUUUGGUUGUGGUUUAUUCCCGGCUGACUUGCUCGUUACAAACACUGCAUCCCUUGUUUAUGUUAGCCUGUUGCAGCUAACGGUAGUUCACGCUUCAAAUGAGCAGCUCCCUCAACAACAACAACAAACGAAGAAAAACACAAGCAAACUUACGUUUGCAAGACGGGGUCGCUGCACCUAUUUCUCGUCUGCUCGAGGAGGAAUUGACAGACUCGGGACACACUGACGGCGGCAGGCGGUCGUGUUCGCUACUCCAGUAGUGUAGUCAUGCGCACAUUACGUACGUAAACGACCAUGUGGAAUGUCCAGGGCUACGCAAGAAAUACAACCGGUAUGGAAUGCUACUAAUACCAACGAACACGUUUACAAAAUAUGAAAUGCGAUAAAUAAUAAACAUGAACGGGGACUUCAUUCACAUUCUGGUUGAGUCGGAUGAAUGCAGUUGAGAAACCUAUGAAGGUCUUCGUGACGCGGCAGAUCCCACCCGAGGGGAUGAAGAUCCUGUCAACGUCUGGAGUGUGUGAAGUGUGUCUUUGGGACUCAGACGACCCUGUGCCACGAGCAGAGCUUCUCAAAGGUGUGCAGGGGGCCCACGGUCUCCUGUGUCUGCUGUCAGAUCAAAUCGAUGCUGAGGUUCUACAUGCUGCAGGACCCAACCUGAAAGUAAUCAGCACUUUUUCCGUGGGAUAUGACCACUUGGCCCUUGAUGAAAUCAAGAAACGUGGCAUACGGAUCGGCUACACUCCCGACGUCCUGACUGACGCCACAGCUGAACUGACUGUUGCUCUUCUGCUGGCCACAGCUCGCAGACUACCUGAGGCAGUGGAGGAAGUGAAAAAUGGUGGCUGGAGUUCCUGGACACCACUCUGGAUGUGUGGAUACGGUCUUUCAGGUAGUACCGUUGGCGUCAUUGGACUGGGACGUAUUGGGAUGGCCAUUGCUCGGCGCCUCAUGCCAUUUGGAGUGAAACGGCUGCUCUACUCUGGGAGAACAGCCAAAGCUGAAGCUGCUGAGCUCAAUGGAGAGUUUGUUCCUCUGGACACACUCGUGACUGAGAGUGACUUCAUUGUUGUUUCGUGCUCGCUGACGCCAGAGACCCAGGGCCUGUGCAAUAAGGCCUUCUUCAGCAAGAUGAAGAACACUGCUGUCUUCAUCAACACAAGCAGGGGGGCUGUAGUGAAUCAGGAGGACCUGUACGAGGCUCUGACCGGUGGACAAAUUGCCGCAGCUGGCCUGGAUGUAACAACACCUGAGCCACUACCGACAAACCACCCGCUUCUUACGCUCAAAAACUGUGUGGUUUCGCCGCACAUCGGCAGCGCCACCUACUCCACAAGAGGCGUCAUGGCUUCCUUGGCAGCCCGAAACCUGCUGGGGGGUUUACAGGGCACAGAAAUGCCCAGUGAACUCACCUUCUAGAACCUGAAACGGACCGGCCCGAUGCCUUUCAGCUUCAGGACGACACAGUGAAUACAUAUGACAUAAAUGUUGCAACCAGAGUAAAGAGAAACUGAAUUGCACUCUUUUGGAAAAUAAAUAAUUUCUUUGCGUAUGAUAUCUGUUAAAAACCCAGCAACAGCACUUUUUAAGAUAAUCUUUAACGAACUGUUGUAUUUAAACAUAUCCUAUAAAGAAUCAGUGAUUGGCUAUUUGUCUUUUUAAAAUUAAAUAAUUUCAUUUAUGCAGAAUCGUCUACAUUGAAUGCGAACGUUAAUUUCACUUGGUAUUGCACAAUAGUUCAUUUUCCUAAGAAUAAAAGGUACAUUUUGUUUAAAUUUAAA